ACAAAAAUGUCAACCGAGAACGUAGAUAAAUUCUUGGAUCAUAUUGAGAAGCACCAAGAUAGCCUUGUCGAGCGACUCAGACAGGCUGUUGCUAUCCCAAGUGUGAGUGGAGAUCCAGCUCAUCGUCCAGAUGUUUUUCGCAUGGGCGAAUUCUUAGUUAAAGAAUUAAAAAAUCUCGGUGCAAGUGUAGAAACACGCGAUCCGGGAGAGCAAGACUUCCACGGUACUACUUUGAAGCUUCCUCCUGUUGUACUCGCUACCAUUGGCACAGAUCCAGCCAAAAAGACCCUCUUGGUUUAUGGACAUUAUGAUGUUCAGCCUGCGCUUAAAGAAGAUGGCUGGAACACUGAUCCCUUUACACUAGUUGAAGAUGAAAAGAACCGUCUCAUUGGUCGCGGAAGCACCGAUGAUAAGGGUCCUAUUCUUGGCUGGAUCAAUGUUGUUGAGGCUCACAACAAGCUUGGCCUUGAAUUGCCCGUCAAUCUCAAGUUCUGUUUGGAGGGUAUGGAGGAGUCUGGCUCUGAAGGCCUCGAAGCGAUCAUUCAUCAGGAGGCAGACAAGUAUUUUAAGACUGUUGAUGUUGUCUGUAUCUCAGACAACUACUGGCUUGGUACUAGCAAGCCAUGCCUGACCUAUGGUCUCCGCGGUGUAUCUUACUUCCAUCUUACUGUCGAAGGACCCAAAGCUGAUUUGCACAGUGGUGUGUUUGGUGCCACAAUCCAUGAACCUAUGACUGAUUUGUUUGCAAUAAUGAGCCAGCUGGUUGAACCCAAUGGUCGCCUCUUGAUCCCAGGAAUCUAUGAUCUUGUUCGCCCUUUGACUGAUGUGGAGGAGAAGACCUAUGAGAACCUUGAUUUUAGUAUCCAAGAUCUUCAUGAUGCUGUUGGUAAUGAGAUCAAUCUUCACAACACUGUUCGUGACACCCUCCAACACCGCUGGAGAUUUCCUUCAUUGUCACUGCAUGGUAUCCAAGGUGCAUUCUAUAACCCUGGAGACAAGACUGUUAUACCUGCCAAAGUUACCGGAAAGUUCUCUAUUCGUACUGUUCCAGAUAUGGAGAUUCCUAUUGUAGAAUCUCUAACUGCAAAAUACGUCCAGAGCUUGUUCGAUAAGCUUGGAAGCAAAAAUACAAUGCAGCUCAAAUGCACACACAGUGGUGACUAUUGGCUUGCCAGUCCCGAUCACUGGAACUACGUUGCUGCUUCCAAGGCUGUUAAGAAAGUUUUUGGGGUUAUGCCAGAUUUGACCCGUGAAGGUUGCUCGAUUCCAAUCACAUUAACUUUCCAGGAAGCUCUUGGAAAAAAUGUUUUGUUGCUUCCUAUGGGACGUGGUGAUGAUGGCGCACAUUCUAUCAACGAAAAGCUGGAUAGAUCUAAUUAUGUAUCAGGUACAAAAUUGCUGGGAACAUAUCUAUACGAGGUGGCCGCAUCAAAAGGCGAAUAAACAUUCAGAGAAAGAUAUAUUGCAUAGUGUUAUGUAGUAUGUAUUUAUACCUUUAGCAGAUUGAUAUUAUGGCUUACAAUAAAGUUUAUCUGUCGUUGUAAAAUGGUAGCAAGUUAGUUUACGUUUGUAGAAGAGUUGUUUGAUACCAGUCGAAAUUAUAUUUGCUCAUCAACU